AUGUCUGAUUCCAAUAUAAAAGUCAACAAGUCUGAAGAGAUAGCAAAUCCCUCCUAUUAUGAAAGUUGUAAAAAGGAAUUGCAUGAGAUGCUUGAAAAGCGUCAAGAUCUGGAGACUUCCUUGAUGGAUAUUGAAGACUCCUUGUAUCAGCUAGAGGGAAACUAUCUUGAAAAGACAUCCGGGACAGGAAAUAUCAUCCGUGGCUUCGAUGGAUUACUGAAAGCCACUGGAUCAAAUUUACGUCGUCGCUCAGAAUAUGUAGAGUCAGAUCGCUUAUUCUCCCUUUCUUCUCUUACCAGUCCUAAUGCUCGUUCUGUAAACUACGAUCUAGAUGAUUCAACAGAAACCAGCAGGAGGAGAAAACGUAAAUAUGAGUCGAAUGCGGCAGACAAUCGUCGCCGACUUUCUUUUCGUGAAAUGUAG